CGGCGGGCCAAUCAGAGCGCGGCAGUGCAGAGGCGGGAGGGAGAGGAGACGGGUUUAUGUUGUGUGGGCGCGCGCGCUGAGGGACUGAAGCCAUUCAGCAGCGAAAUGGCGGAGACGGCGGACAGGAUGGAGGUGUCGCAGGGAGAGAGCUCAGAGAAGCCCGCUGCUGAGGACAUGACGUCCAAGGACUACUACUUCGACUCCUAUGCUCACUUCGGCAUCCAUGAGGAGAUGCUGAAGGAUGAAGUGCGCACCCUCACCUACAGAAACUCCAUGUUCCACAACAAGCACCUGUUCAAGGACAAGGUGGUGCUGGACGUAGGCAGCGGCACCGGCAUCCUGUGUAUGUUUGCAGCCAAGGCAGGGGCCAAGAAAGUCAUCGGCAUCGAGUGCAGCAGCAUCUCCGACUACGCGGUGAAGAUCGUCAAGGCCAACAAGCUGGAUCACAUUGUGACCAUUAUAAAGGGUAAGGUGGAGGAGGUGGAGCUCCCAGUGGACCAUGUAGACAUCAUCAUCUCUGAGUGGAUGGGUUACUGUCUGUUCUACGAGUCCAUGCUCAACACGGUCAUCUACGCCCGGGACAAGUGGCUGAAACCCGACGGGCUGAUUUUCCCCGACAGAGCCACGCUGUACAUCACCGCUAUCGAGGACCGGCAGUACAAGGAUUAUAAAAUCCACUGGUGGGAGAACGUGUACGGCUUUGACAUGUCCUGCAUUAAGGAGGUGGCCAUUAAGGAGCCGCUGGUGGACGUGGUGGAUCCCAAACAGCUCGUCACCAGCUCCUGCCUCAUCAAGGAGGUGGACAUCUACACGGUGAAGAUCGAGGACCUGUCCUUCACCUCGCCCUUCUGCCUGCAGGUGAAGAGGAACGACUACAUCCACGCUCUGGUCACCUACUUCAACAUCGAGUUCACACGCUGCCACAAGAGAACCGGCUUCUCCACCAGCCCGGAGUCUCCCUACACCCACUGGAAGCAGACUGUCUUUUACCUGGAUGAUUAUCUGACUGUGAAGACGGGAGAGGAGAUCUUCGGCACCAUCAGCAUGAAACCCAACGUCAAGAACAACAGAGACCUGGACUUCACUGUAGACAUCGACUUCAAGGGUCAGCUCUGUGAGAUGUCCAAGACCUCGGAGUACAGGAUGCGCUAAAUCUCCUGUGUGUGUGUGUGUGUGUGUGUUAGAGGGAGAUCAGUUCAUGGUGUGUGUGUGUGUGUGUGUGUGUGUGUGUGUGUGUGGUCAUUCCUUUUAGAGAGAGCCCUGGCGCUGAUGAUGAUCCCUGAAGGACUUUUAUACACUUACACACGGACACUUUGAGUUUCUAUACAAUGACGACGCAGCGGUGUUUUUAUUGUGCAAUAUUCACACAGGAUGCGUUUAUUAUUUUCCCCUUGUGCUGGAGUCAUUCAGCCGGUAACAGGGUGUCUCGAUUCUCUCUCUCUCUCACACACACACACACACACACACACACACACAGAUGCGCUGGCUCCCUCUCGCCUGUACAUAGUGUUCAUGUUCAGCCACUUUAACCUGUUGUGCAGUCAUGGAUCCUGUUGUCACGGCAACGCACCUGUCCCGUUUUGAUUUCUAGUAUUUAGUUGGGUAAGAUGAAGAGCCUCCUGUGACGGUUUGGUUGCUCCUCUCCAUCAGCGUGUGUCUGCGUGUUUGAGGGCAAAUGCAAGUCGAUCAUUGGUGUAUUUUUGAAAUUCCAUUUACUAAUCCUCCAUCUUCUGUGUUUAAACAAGUGGCACGUCAUGAAUCCAGGCUGCAGUUCGGAGCCUGAGCCGGGCUCUGUGAUUGGCUGAAUGUGAAGCUGUGCUCGCGUCCUGUUCUCACUCUGCAGUGUGUCCGUGUGGUCACUAGGGGGCGCUCUAACGGUUCACUCUCUGGUUUUAUUUUGCGCUGAAGUUCCACAGUCGGUUUUUAAAACUCACUUUGUUUUGUGUGAGGGGGAAAAACCCGAAGGUGCGGAUUUCAGACUGGUCGCGUUUUAGUCGUUUCGCUGUUAGAAAACGAGCCUCGACUCUCCCAGCGCCUCCCGCGGGCACGCGAACACCGAGCUGCGUUCUGACCCGAAUCGUCUGUGAAAUAAAGUCUAACGCUGAGCCGUUUACGGCGCGGACGUGUCGCGGUUUAACUCCGCUUCGUGUACGUCUGAGAAACGAGGUGUUUCUCCCCUCCUGAGCUCCGAGAAUCAGUGUUAGAGAAACGUAAAGAACUAAACUGGGCCUGACGUCUCCUUUAGGUUUAAUAUCUGUAGUGUUAUUACGAGCGUAAACGAAGAACAGUGUCCGAGUGUGUUGAGGUUCAGUGUGUGUUCAUCACUGCUCUGGGCUACAGCUGGCUAAAAUUGUGUCCAUUAGAAGUACAUUCAAUUUUUUCUGCGUUUGUUUGUUUUUUUUUUUUUUUUUUAAUAAAA